AUGACUACUUCCAAGUUCUCAUCUAACAGACCGAUACCUGCGAUCACUCUCCAAUUGGCCACCGACGAUCAGAGCGCGCAGUACAGUCAACCGCUACCUCAUGGCGAUUUUGAGGAGCUCAAAGAAGCGGCAAACGAAGACAGGGACCUCAAGAUACGUAUCCGGAAGUUACGCGUUAUAUCGCGCUCCCUCGCCCUCUUCAUCUCUAUCGCAGUUCUCGUCCUCACGGCUCUUACCCUGCACAAGUUUCUCAGCACACGCAGUAUCCACCGCGUCGUCCGACUACCCAGUGGUGAGAAUAUAUUACGAACGCCCUGGGCGAAGAAUACACGGGCAUGGCCAACGUACAUGUACUUUGGCGUCGCGGCCGUCUCCGUAAUACUCAACUUCGCAACGAUCUUUUCGUACAAGUGUGGUAUCGAACAGGCUAAUGUAGCCGCUGUUGUCACGAGUACCUUUAGCUGGGUCAAUAUGCUGGGGAACUUCAUUGUGUGGUGUGUAGCCGCUACUGUGUAUCGCACCGAGAAGGAUAAAGAUGGGAAGAGCGAUGAACUUUGGGGCUGGACGUGUAGUAGUGGUGCGAGGGCAAUUCAAAAAGAGUUCGUGGGUGACAUUGACUUUGGCAGUUAUUGUAAUGUGCAGUGUGCAGAGUGCGAGUUGUGGACACGAUCGUUACCAACAUGGCUAUGCGCCACCAUCUUUCUACUCACUGCUCUCGCUUCUUCCCAGGAGACGCAAGACGAGUGUGAUCGAGAAUGCUUGCUUCUCAGGGUUGAGACGCUUGAACGAGAGUAUGCGAAGAUAGAGCAAGCUCUGUUCCCCGGUGGCGAUGCUUAUUCUUCGUAUGCAGCUCAGUCGUACUCUCCAACACCUGCUGCCUACACCGCAACUCCAAGCUCAUCAAGCAAAUCCUACACCACCUUUGGCACAUCUGGUCUGCCCUACAGCUUCGUUGUUUCCUCAACAUCCGCUUUAACAUCUAUCGUCUCCACCGCAACGCCGAGUUCAUUGAGCCAAUACUACACCACCUUUGGCACAUCCGGUCUGCCUCAAAGUUCAGCCUACAGCUUCAUCGAUUCCUCAUCAUCCAUCCUAACGUCUACCGUCCCCACCACAGUGCCGAGCUCAUCAAACGAAUACUAUGCUAGCUUUAGCACAUCCGACUUUCCUCAAAGCUCUGCCUCGACCUGGGUUGUGUCCUCCUCGUCCAUAGUCACCAGCUAUGUGACUACGCAACCUUCAGUCUCAGCUACGCCUUCAUACGCAACGACUCCACCCCAAAGUUCAGCCUCUACCUUUGUUGUUCCCUCCUCAUCCAUAGUCACAAGCUAUGUGAUCACGCAGCCCUCAGUCCCAGCCACGCCAUCAUACGCCAUACCCCCACCAGAGCCCACAGCAAGCGACACACCACCCGAACCCACCAACCCCAACAUCCCCACCCACCCCGGCUACCGCUCAGUAGCCUACUACGGAAACUGGGACAUCUACGCACGCAACUUCCAACCCCAGCAGAUACCCGCAGAGCGACUCACCCACCUCCUCUACUCCUUCGCCGACAACAAGCCCGACGGCACCGUCUUCCUCACCGACACAUACGCUGACGCGGAAAAGCACUACCCGACUGAUUCCUGGAACGACGUAGGCAACAAUGUCUAUGGAUCGAUCAAGCAGCUUCAGAUCCUCAAGGCGAAGAAUAGGAACUUGAAGGUGUUGCUCAGUGUAGGUGGUUGGACGUAUACGAACGUUGCCAAGCACAUGGAUGGACCUAUGGCUACGGCUGCGGGUAGGCAACUCUUUGCGUCGUCUUGUGUGGAGUUGAUUCGCGACUACGGCUUCGAUGGCAUUGAUGUGGAUUGGGAGUAUCCUACCGACAAGGAGCAAGGCGGGCAGUUGCUUGCACUGUUGAAGGAGAUCAGAAGUCAGAUGGAUGAGUAUGCCGAUACACUUGUGUACGAGGAUGAGUCUGGACGCGAGCUGAAGCCCAAGUUCCUCUUGACUAUCGCUUCGCCGGCGGGAGAGAAGAACUACAAGCACCUGCCCUUGAAAGAGAUCAGUGCGGUCACAGACUUUAUCAAUCUGAUGGCAUACGACUACGCCGGCUCCUGGGAUAAUCAGACUGGCCAUCAAUCGAACCUUUACCCUUCGACCUCGACUCCCCUGAGCACGCCCUUCAAUACAGCUUCCGUUCUGGCCGCCUACAGCGCCGCGGGCGUUCCUUCCUCCAAGCUCAAUCUUGGCAUGCCGCUUUACGGUCGCUCCUUCACCAACACUCAGGGUCUAGGAACGUCGUUCAGUGGCAUCGGCACCGGAUCAUUCGAGCGAGGCGUCUACGACUUCAAGGACUUGCCCCUUGCAGGUGCACAGGAGUACUACGAUGAAGAGGCUGGCGCAACGUACAGCUACGACGAAGCGAGUGGCGAGUUCGUCAGCUAUGAUACUGUGGCCAUGGCGCUCAAGAAGGUCGACUACAUUGCAGAACAAGGGUUGGGUGGCGCAAUGUGGUGGGAGAUCAGCGGUGACAGGACAGAUGACAGCGGGAGCAUCGUGACAAACGUUGUCGAGAAGAUGGGCGGCGGGAGUGGUGCAGGCAUCGAGUCAUCGCCCAAUUGGCUACUGUAUCCCGACUCCAAGUUCGACAACUUGAGGAAUGGCGUGUCAACGACACCAUAG